AUGGUUGCAUUGGCUUUGAGGCGAGGACACAAAGAUGGCCCCCAACCAGGGGAUUGUAUCCCGGCCGUCUUCACAAUAGCUCGACUCGUCAUCCGAUCACCGCGACAGACUGGCGACUGCAUCUAUGCAGCGCCUCUUUCUCGAGUACGGAACCGUACCAAUAAUGCUGUCAGCGAUACCGGCAGGAUACGCCAGAAGGGCAUCUCCGUGCGCAUGCUCCUGAUACACACACAUGUGGGGACCGAGGGAGCAUAUCGAUUGGCGGGACGGUCACUGAGCCAGGAUAAACGGGCAACCUCAUCUCAACCCAGCUCUGUCUCCAUUUCCCACCGGACACUCGUCCGACCCAAGUUGGUCCGAGCCGUUAAUUGGCCGUCCAAUUCGGUCCUAUUAACUACCACUCCUUCAUUUGCAUUCAUUAAAUGA